GAGGGAUCAGCUGCCCGGGGACGCAGAACAGCGGAGGGAGGGUUCCUGGAGCAGCCGCAGCCAUGGGGGAAGCAGAGAAGUUCUGCUAUGUUUACAGCUGCGAUCUGGACAUCAAUGUGCAGCUCAAGAUAGGAAGCUUGGAGGGGAAAAGAGAGCAGAAGAGCUACAAAGCUGUUUUGGAAAAUCCCAUGCUGAGGUUUUCAGGGUUGUACCAGGAAACCUGUUCGGACUUAUAUGUGACCUGCCAAGUCUUCGCAGAAGGGAAGCCUCUCGCUCUUCCCGUUCGGACGUCCUACAAAGCUUUCAGCACUAGGUGGAACUGGAAUGAAUGGUUGAAGCUGCCAGUCAAGUACCCAGACUUGCCUCGUAAUGCUCAAGUGGCCUUCACCAUAUGGGAUGUCUAUGGACCUGGCAAAGCGGUGCCCGUGGGGGGAACAACAGUUUCACUCUUCGGGAAAUAUGGGAUGUUUCGCCAAGGAAUGCAUGAUCUGAAAGUCUGGCCCAACGUGGAGGCAGAUGGAUCUGAACCCACCAAGACUCCAGGGAGAACUAGCAGUACCCUUUCUGAGGAUCAGAUGAGCCGACUGGCCAAGCUUACCAAGUCUCACCGGCAAGGGCACAUGGUUAAAGUUGACUGGCUGGACAGACUGACCUUUCGAGAAAUUGAGAUGAUCAAUGAGAGUGAGAAGCGCAGUUCUAAUUUUAUGUACUUGAUGAUUGAAUUCCGCUGUGCCAAGUGUGAUGACAAAGAAUAUGGAAUAGUAUAUUAUGAGAAGGACGGCGAUGAGUCAUCUCCCAUUUUAACGAGCUCUGAGAUCGUUAAGGUUCCAGAUCCCCAGAUGUCAAUGGAAAACUUAGUUGAAAGCAAACAUCACAAGCUUGCUAGAAGCUUAAGAAGUGGACCUUCAGAUCAUGAUCUCAAACCCAAUGCUGCUACCCGAGAUCAGCUUAAUAUCAUAGUGAGCUACCCACCAACCAAGCAACUAACAUACGAGGAACAAGAUCUUGUGUGGAAAUUCCGAUAUUAUCUUACUCACCAAGAGAAGGCCCUGACUAAAUUCCUGAAGUGUGUCAACUGGGGCCUCCCACAAGAGGCAAAGCAGGCCCUGGAGCUUUUGGGCAAAUGGAAGCCAAUGGAUGUGGAGGAUUCCCUCGAGCUCUUGUCCUCUCACUUUACCAACACCACGGUGCGGCGGUAUGCAGUUGCCAGAUUGCAACAGGCUGAUGAUGAGGAUCUGCUGAUGUACCUGCUGCAGCUGGUCCAAGCAUUGAAAUAUGAAAACUUUGAUGACAUCAAGAGUGGAUUAGAACCCACAAAGAAGGACAGUCAGGGCUCCAUGUCUGAGAGCAUGGCAGCAUCUGGAACAAACGCUGGAGAAAUAGACAGUUCUCAGAUCAUCACAAGUCCACUCCCCCAUGUGUCCUCCCCACCUCCUACAGCAAAAGCAAAAGAGUCCGCUGACAGCGAAAGUCUGGAGCAAGACCUCUGCACGUUCUUGAUAUCCCGAGCAUGCAAAAAUUCCACCCUGGCAAACUACUUAUAUUGGUAUGUGAUUGUGGAAUGUGAAGACCAAGAUACUCAGCAGAGAGAUCCCAGGACUCAUGAAAUGUACCUGAAUGUCAUGCGGAGAUUUAGUCAAGCUCUCCUAAAGGGUGAUUGCGCUUCUUUGCUGGCAGCCCAACAAACCUUUGUCGAUCGGGUGGUCCAUCUAAUGAACGUGCAGCGGAAAAGUGGAAAUCGAAAGAAAAAGGUAAAUAGUAUAAAACUGUUUUCCCUGCUCUCUUUCAAUGAAAAGGUGAAUUUAUCAGAUAUUGAGCACAUUCCACUCGCCUACUCUGAACCACAGUGAAAAUAUUAGAGGAAUAUCCCGGAGAAAGCUACAUUGUUCAAGAGUGCUCUAAUGCCAGCCCAGUUAUUCUUCAAGACCGAAGACGGGGGCAAGUAUCCUGUAAUAUUUAAACAUGGGGAUGAUUUACGUCAAGAUCAGCUAAUUCUCCAGAUCAUAUCACUCAUGGACAAGCUCUUAAGGAAGGAGAAUCUGGAUUUGAAGCUGACUCCUUAUAAAGUCUUGGCUACUAGUACAAAACAUGGUUUUAUGCAGUUCAUUCAGUCAGUUCCCGUGGCAGAAGUUCUGGCUACUGAAGAAAGUAUACAGAACUUCUUCCGAAAACAUGCACCCAGCGAAACUGGGCCCCAUGGAAUAAGCGCAGAGGUGAUGGAUACUUAUGUCAAAAGCUGUGCUGGGUACUGUGUAAUAACAUACAUCCUCGGUGUUGGAGACAGACAUUUGGACAACCUUUUGCUCACCAAGACAGGCAAACUUUUCCAUAUUGAUUUUGGCUACAUUUUGGGCCGUGAUCCAAAGCCUCUUCCCCCACCCAUGAAACUGAAUAAAGAGAUGGUGGAAGGCAUGGGAGGGACACAGAGUGAGCAAUACCAGGAGUUUCGCAAACAGUGCUAUACCGCUUUCCUUCAUCUCCGCAGGUAUUCCAACUUGAUUCUGAACUUGUUCUCCCUCAUGGUUGAUGCCAACAUUCCUGACAUUGCUCUAGAACCAGACAAGACUGUGAAAAAGGUUCAAGACAAGUUCCGCCUGGAUCUUUCUGAUGAAGAAGCUGUGCACUAUAUGCAAAGCCUGAUUGAUGAAAGUGUCCAUGCACUUUUCGCAGCUAUGGUGGAGCAGAUCCACAAGUUUGCCCAGUACUGGAGAAAAUGAACACUGUCAAAUUCUGAAGGCAAGAAUUCAUGUGUGUGGCUGUCUGUUAUGCUUUAUGGAAUGGCACCCAGUGGGUUGUACUGCCUCUUUUAAUAAUUUAGAGAGUUACCCUCAUCUGGGUUUUCAUUAAAGCUAGGUCAAGAGUAUGUUCCACUGUCCCAAUAUCUGAGCCACAACUUUUUGAAAACAGAGUAACAUCUACCAAAGUCCAAAGACAACAAGAAGACAAAUGUCUUACAGUUUUCUAAGUAUAUCUGUACACUUGAUGUUGCUGAAAAACUGGAGCUUUUUGCUACACACAGUGCCUAGAGGAGGAUAUUAUAGACUUUCUGUGUUCACCUGUAGCAGAAGGAAAGCUUGCUGAAGCUUCAUGGAUUUGUGAUUGAAAUUUUACAUGAGAUUUGCAUCUUGAAUGGAUUAAUGUACAGGACUCAGGCCAACAGCCUUUUUGGAAGAAGCAAUUGCAUGAUCCAUUCUUUUGGAGAAAGAUAUCUCUAGCAAAUGCUAGCCCAUCAAAAUUUCCCAUUCCCUUUAAAAUGCCUUGAAAUGAGAAAGAUUCAAUGGCCCAGUCCUUUGGUUAAAAAACAAAAUCAAACUGUGUAUAUUGACUUAAUUGUUCAAUUCUAAUAAAAUUAUUUUGAUGCAUCCUUCA